AUGUCUCUUUCCAAAGAGAAAAGUUUGUUGACUGAAAUUGAACCAUAUCUAAGUAGACUUCGCUACGAACACAAUCAUUGGGAUAAUGCUAUCCAUGCAUACAAAGAAACUGAACGUAAGCACUGGAAUGAAUUUAAUAAAAACACAUUGAAUCGCGUCAAAUCUGUGGCAUUUGAAUCAACAGAAAUUCCUUUACCUUAUGUUCAUGUACUGGACAUUGAAAAAGUUGGUUAUAUUAAACCUCACGUUGAUUCUGUUAGAUUUUGUGGUCGUACAAUUGCUGGACUAAGCUUGCUAUCUCCAUGUGUGAUGCGUUUGGCCUUAGAAAAAGACAAGACCAAAUAUGGUGAUUUACUUCUCCUUCCAAGGUCUUUAUAUAUUAUGAGAGACAGAUCUCGUUUCGAGUUUACUCAUGAAGUACUUCCUGAAGACAAAUCAAUAUUCAAAGGAAAAUGUGUGCCUCGUGAUCGUCGUAUCUCAAUUAUCCAGCGUUUAAUUCCCAAACAAGCAUAA